CCGACGGAGGCGGACAUGAUCAGGCUGCUGCUGCUGCUUCUGUCGUGCACAUGCACCAGCUGGGCGCUGCUCAGGGUUCCUCUGAGGCGCGUGCCUUCCAUUCGUUCACAGCUGCGGGCCACCGGACAGCUGCGGGACUUCCUGCGAGAUCACCACACCGACGCCUACAGCCGCCGCUACGCUCACUGCUUCCCCGCCGGAACGCCGUCGCUGCGCCUCGGACGUUCCAGCGAGAAGCUCUACAACUUCAUGGACGCUCAGUACUACGGUGAAAUCAGCCUCGGGACUCCGGCGCAGAACUUCUCAGUGAUCUUUGACACGGGCUCAGCUGAUCUCUGGGUGCCAUCGUCCUACUGCGUCAGCCAAGCAUGCGCACUGCACAAACGUUUCCGAGCAUUCGAGUCCACUUCCUUUCGUCAUGACGGCCGAACGUUUGGCAUCCAUUACGGAUCAGGACACCUUCUUGGAGUCAUGGCCAGGGACACGCUGAAGGUGGGCGACGUGACCGUCCUCGGCCAGGAGUUCGGCGAGUCUGUGUACGAGCCGGGGGGCACCUUCGUCCUGGCGAGGUUCGACGGCGUUCUGGGAAUGGCGUACCCCUCCUUGGCGGAGAUCCUGGGAAACCCGGUUUUUGACAGCAUGAUGGCGCAGAAGGCGGUGGAGGCGCCCGUCUUCUCCUUCUACCUCAGCAGGAAGUCGGGCGGCGGCGUGGACGGUGAGCUGGUGUUUGGCGGUGUUGAUGAGGCCUUGUACAGUGGACCAAUUGCAUGGCUUCCUGUCACGGCCAAAGGCUACUGGCAAAUCAAGAUGGACAGCGUGGAGGUCCAAGGCGUCAGCUCCCUCUGCCCUCGCGGCUGCCAGGCCAUCGUGGACACGGGGACCUCCCUCAUCGCCGGGCCGACCAAUGACAUCCUCAUCCUCCAGCAGCUGAUCGGAGCCACGCCCACAAACAUCGGCGAGUUCCUCAUCGACUGCGCCAGGUUGUCCAAUCUGCCUCAGGUGUCUUUUGUCCUGGGCGGGAUGGCGUACACGCUGACGGCGGAGCACUACGUGAGGAAGGAGAUGCUGGGUGACCGGGAGCUGUGCUUCAGUGGCUUCCAGGCUGCGGACAUCGUCUCACCGCAGGGACCCCUGUGGAUUCUGGGAGAUGUAUUUCUAAGCGAGUAUUACAGCAUCUUCGACAGAGGGCAGGACCGGGUUGGCUUCGCACCCGUUCGCCGUUCAGCUGAACAAUAAAGUCUGAUUGGUUGUCAAUGGGGACGGCGUGGCGCAGUUGGGAGAGUGGCCGUGCCAGCAAAGCAGCAGUAAAGGGGACCACAAAAAAUUGCAUUAUUGGCUUUAUUUUAACAAAAAAAUCUUAGGGUACAUGAAACAUAUGUUUAUUAUUGCAAGUUUGUCCUUAAAUAAAAUAGUGAACAUACAAAACAACUUGUCUUUUACGAGUAAGUAAACAAAGGCUUCUAAUUUAGCUGCUGACAUAUGCAGUAACAUGAGGGUUCCUGGUUCGAUCCCCACCUUCUACCAACCUCGUCGCGUCCGUUGUGUCCUUGAGCAAGACACUUCGCCCUCGCUCCUGAUGGGUGGUGGUUAGGGCCUUGCAUGGCAGCUGCCGCCCUCAGUGUGUGAAUGUGUGUGUGAGUGGGUGAAUGUGGAAAUAGUGUCAAAGCGCUUUGAGUACCUUGAAGGUAGAAAAGCCCUAUACAAGUAUAACCCAUUUACCAUAAUAAAGACAAUCAGAUAUUGCUGGCAUUUAGUCA